GCGCUGAAGGCCAAGAAGGCCGUUCUGAAGGGGGUCCACAGUCACAAGAAGAAGAAGAUCCGUACAUCGCCCACCUUCCGCAGGCCCAAGACUCUGCGACUGCGGCGGCAGCCCAAGUACCCCCGGAAAAGCGCCCCACGGAGAAACAAGCUGGACCAUUACGCCAUCAUCAAGUUCCCUUUGACGACGGAGUCGGCCAUGAAGAAGAUCGAGGAUAACAAUACUCUGGUUUUCAUUGUGGAUGUCAAGGCGAACAAGCACCAGAUCAAACAGGCUGUCAAGAAGCUGUACGACAUCGAUGUGGCCAAGGUCAACACGUUGAUUAGGCCUGAUGGGGAGAAGAAGGCUUACGUCCGACUGGCUCCCGAUUAUGAUGCGCUGGAUGUAGCCAACAAGAUUGGAAUCAUCUAAACUGCAUCUACCAAGGACUGUACAGACAGGAUAAUAAACCCUGUAACACCA